UUGGACCAUCAUGGCGGCGGACCUCUACAGUCCCCCAUCACCCCUGGGGGACUCCCUCCUAAGCAGUCCGCUGUGUGGAGACCUGAUAGAGGACCUGCCCGACAUCUCUCAGUCCAUUGGAGACGACUCACUGGGAUUCGAUUUCCCAGAGUACCAGAGCGCUGAUUCAGGGUCCAGUAGCUCCAUCACCUUCGACACCUUGACUCCCGCCUCCAGUCCUCUGUCUGGGGUUUGUGGAGCAGCGCUGGGCCCAGAUGAGACCCCGACCCCUCUCCACCUGGAGUGCCGGGUGUGCUCCGACAAAGCUUCAGGCUUUCACUACGGAGUGCAUGCCUGCGAGGGCUGCAAGGGUUUCUUCAGGAGAACCGUCAGGCUAAAGCUGGACUACGUCAGGUGUGAGCGCAGCUGCAAGAUCCAGAAGAAGAACCGGAACAAGUGCCAGUUCUGCAGAUUUCAGAAGUGUCUCUCUGUAGGGAUGUCCCAUAACGCCAUCCGGUUCGGCCGGAUGCCUCACGCAGAGAAGCUGAAGCUCAAGGAGGAAAGCAAAGUGAUGGAGACGGCAGUGGAAAGCCCCGUCAAGGCCGACCACAAGAUUCUGGUCAAGCAGAUCCACGAAGCCUACGUCAAGAACUUCAACAUGAACAAGGCAAAAGCCCGGCUCAUACUGACUGGAAAAACCAGCAAACCGCCUUUCGUCAUUCAUGACAUGGAGACGUUCCAGUUCGCUGAGAGGACGUUAGCGGUCCACAUGGUGAAGCUCGAGUGUUCCGACCCAGAGAGAGACCUUCAAGCUGGACAGGGGAGCCCGUCUUUGGACGGAGAGGAGCUCCAGCAGAGAGAAGCUGAAGCCAGGCUCUUCCACUGCUGCCAGAGUACGUCCGUGGAGACGGUCACCGAGCUCACGGAGUUCGCCAAGGCCGUGCCGGGCUUCCAGAGCUUGGAUUUAAACGAUCAGGUGACGCUCCUGAAGUACGCCGUCUACGAAGCCCUCUUCACCCUCCUGGCCUCGUGCAUGAACAAGGACGGCCUGCUCGUGGCGCGCGGCGGAGGAUUCAUCACCCGCGAAUUCCUCAAAAGCCUCCGGCGGCCGUUUGGGGACAUGAUGGAGCCGAAAUUCCAGUUUGCCACGCGCUUCAACUCCUUAGACCUGGACGACAGUGAUCUGGCCCUUUUUGUAGCUGCUAUCAUCUGCUGUGGAGACCGUCCGGGCUUGGUGGACGUCCCUCCAGUGGAGCAGCUGCAGGAAAGCAUCGUUCAGGCUCUACGCUGCCACCUGCUGGCCAACCACCCCGACGACACCUUCCUCUUCCCCCGACUACUGCAGAAGCUGGCGGACCUCAGGGAGCUGGUCACGGAGCACGCUCAGCUGGUCCAGGAGAUCAAGACGACGGAGGACACCUCGCUGCACCCGCUCCUGCAGGAAAUCUACAGAGACAUGUACUGACACGAGUAACGAUGUUUAAAAAAAAAAUCUGCCUCGUUUUAGGAUUCAAAGGCAGCUCGCGGUCGUGUAAAGAUGUUUCCUAGUAUUUCUAUUUUAGCACGAGCUGCGACAGUUUGACUCGUGAAUGUCGUCUUUUACACGAAAGCGUAACGGGGUUGUUUGCGCGGUAGUAAAAAAUACUGUGCGGGCUCGUUUUUAUGCAAGAAACCUGAACUUGAAUGCCUUUAGAUGUUAUUUUUUUAGUCCCGUUUUUGUGUAGAUUAAUUUAUUAAAACUUAACAAAUCUUUAUUUUUCCUGUUCUGAGGUCAGAGGUUAAAGUGUUAGUAACGUGCUCUGUGCUUCCUGAGCUCUCAUUUAUUGUAUUUCUUGCCACUAGAAGGAACUAGUUUUACAUUUACUGUAAUUUCCUGUGCUGUGAAUUUCUGUUAAUCCUCUAAUCUUGUGUUUGGGAGCAGAAUACAUAAAAGCUCACUUUUAAUCUGAUUUGUAAUUUUCAGCAUUACAUUGUUAAAUAUUUCCACUGAAAACACACUAAUCUGUUAAACUAAUACUUUGUAAAUAUGACAGUCUGAUGACGGCAGUGAAAGAGAUUCACGAAUCUUCAGAAUGUAAACAAAGCAACAAAAUAAGAAAUUUGUUUUAUUUUUGUUGUUUUCAGACUGAAUCCGUGUUUCAAGUCAUAAUUAAAUGGUUUAUAUAUUUUUGUAUCAUGUAUAGCACAUAUAACUGCAGAUGUCUCGUUAAAAAAAAAUAAAAAAAUAAAAGCUGACAGGAAAUUAAUAUUUAACAAAUUUUUAUUUGCAAUACUCUAAUAUUAAGUUACUGACUGAAUGAAGGCAACUUCUGUUUGUUUAUUCAACCAAACUUCAUUAAAAUGGAUUGAUUUAAA